AUGAGCUACUCCAACAACCAUUCGGAGACCCAGCCCCUUCUCCAUCGUGUCAUUGGUGUUGAAGUCCCCCAAGAAGGCGAGAGCGGUCGUAGCGGCUUCAGUCCUGCGCUUUUCCUCGAUGUCUCCUGGCGCAGCUCCAGUACUGCUGGAAAAUGGGUCAAUCUUCUGUGGGUCUUCGUGCCCGUUGCCAUUAUCCUACACUAUGCCCUCCCAGGGGCUCCAUUGACGAUAUUCGCCUUCUCGUACAUCGCCAUGGUCCCAGUCGCCAAUCUGCUGGGUUUCGCCGGCCAGGAAUUCGCGAGAAAGAUGCCCAAGGUGUCUGGGAUCCUCAUUGAGACGGCGUUUGGAUCCAUCGUCGAGAUCAUCCUCUUCCUCAUCCUAAUCUCCAAGCACAAGGCCCCACACGGCAGCUCCGAACACGGCAAUCUGAUUCCCGUCAUUCAGGCCGCCAUCUUAGGAUCCAUUCUAACCAACUUGCUUCUUUGUCUGGGAGCUUGCUUUUUCGUAGGUGGGCUAAGGCAAUCGACGCAAAGAUUCCACGCUGCAAUCAGUGAAGUCGGGAAUGGGCUGCUUUGCAUCGCCGGGUUUGGACUACUCAUUCCAAGCGCGUACUAUUCCGCACUUAAGAGCUCCGCGGUUGAAGGCCCCCAUGGACAUGCAAAGUUCACCGAGGAGAUACUGCAGCGCAAUGUCCUCAAAAUCAGCCAGGUCUGUUCAAUCCUGCUGAUCCUCGCUUUCGGGAUAUACAUAUUCUUCAACGCCCGCAGUCAACACUCAAUAUUUGACGAAGUCCUCGAGCGAGACGAACACCACGAUCUGGACCGCGAAAACGAUCUCAACAAGCCCAAAUUCACAUUCACAGAAUGCCUUGUUGCGCUAGUGAUUGCGCUGACACUUGUCACUCUACUUGCUGUUUUCCUGGUGGAGAGGAUCGAGGAUGUGGUUGAGGCGGGCGUGCCGGAUCAAUUUCUGGGGCUGAUAUUGUUGCCAUUGGUGGAGAAGGCGGCGGAGCAUCUGACGGCUGUGGAUGAGGCGUGGGAUGGGCAGAUGAAUUUCGCACUAUUCCACUGCAUCGGCCCCUCGAUCCAAACUGCCCUUUUCAACGCCCCUUUGGUCGUCAUUGUCGGCUGGAUAAUGGGCAAGGACAUGGAUCUCAAUUUCGAGAUAUUCAUGAUUGUGCUGUUGGUCCUCUCGAUUGUUGUAGUGGGCAACUUUCUGCGGGAUGGGGAGUCAAAUUAUCUUGAGGGUGCUUUGUUGAUGAUUAUCUACGUUAUUGUCGCUGUGGCGGCUUGGUAUUAUCCUAAUCCUGAUGUCGCCACUUCGAAUGGCGCCGAAUUGGCUCUUUAA